AUGCGUCUUCUACCCUUGGUUAUCUCCCUCAGCGCUUUCGUGGCGAACGUUUCCGCAGACUACAGCAUUAAAGUCAUUACGCACAAUGGGAUGAACGUUACCUCUAGAGCUCUUUACAACACGAUCGAAAUUGGGUCAAAGGACUCUUACCAAUAUUGGGACUUUCAUCAGGUCUUAGGCGCCAAAGAUUGGAUUUACUUUGGUUUAAGUGAUUACUUCAUUCGGUUUCGAGAAUAUCACACAGGUGCAAUUGCACUGGCGGAUAAUACUCCAUCACUGUUUCGGGUUGAAAAGGAUGCGGAUGCCACCUAUCUGAUCACUACCGAGACUGACCCCUCAGGCCAAAAGCUUGCCUGGACUGCCGAACACAACGAUACCAACCCCAAUGGGAACAUGAUCGUGAAGCUACGCCCUUACGAUCGUGGUAGUAGCCAGCGCUUCGACAUCAGGGACUAUACAGUACCGGACGAUUAA